UAGAGGUGGCCCGAAAGUGCCAAAGAAGGCAGUGAGCUGCUCAAGUAGAAAGUUACGGGCACUCUAGUGCAGCCAUAUGGUAGCGAAAUCUUACCUGGUAGAAUGAAUGGCACGUCUCAUUCCAGCUUUGACACUAACGAACACAUUUUGAAAUUGGGAGGGAGUUUUGACAAGCAGCCCAAGUGUGCUUUCCACACUGUAAGAUAUGACUUUAAGCCUGCAUCCAUUGAUACGUCCUGUGAAGGAGAACUUGAGGUCGGCAAAGGAGAGCAGGUGACCAUCACGCUGCCAAACCUUGAGGGAUCAUCAACCCCAGUAACCGUGUUUAAGGGCUCAAAGAGACCGUAUACCAAGGAGUGCAUCCUGAUUGUGAACCAUGACACUGGCGAGUACCGACUGGAGAAACUCAGCUGCAACAUUGCUGUGAAGAAAACGAGGGCGGAUGGGAGCAGCAAAAUACAGACCUUCCUGGAGCAGCAGAGCCAGCAAAUGCGAAGUGGUGGCAACAGCCUUAAAACGCCUUCAACGUCAAAAAGCCCUCCAGCUAAAGAGAAGAUGUCGCCGUCUUCCACAAUGGAUGACAUUGAGAAAGAGUUGAUGGCAGAAGCUCGAGUUAUGGAGCAGAUGGGCAGUGGUGACAGCUCCUCCGACACCAAAAGUUCCUCCUCGUCUUCGAGCAGCGAUGACAGUUCUAGCAGCAGUGAUUCUGAGGACGAGCGCCACAAACCAGCCGUGUCUCAAGGCCGUCCAUUCACCCCUCCUACCCUCAACUCAUCUGUUGGAGCGCCGACCAGUGGGAUGGAGGACCGCAGCGGAAGCCUCAUGAAUACUUUGAAAAACGACUUGCAGUUAAGCGAAUCGGGAAGCUCGAGUGAUGAGGACUGAGUGGGCCGCCUGUCCGAGAGCCCAAAUGAUGGCCUGUCCUCCCAUCUAGGACACUCCCGAUUGAGACUCGAAUGGCUUCAUUAACGGAUGGAGUGUUUCUUUAUUAAACAAACCCCCAA